AGACCGCUAUUACAGCACGGCGUUUUUGGUCACAGCCUUAUACGGAUCUUUCUCGGGUUUACUCUCUUUCCUUCUGUUUCAUCAAAGAUUAAUUAAAUCUCGAGCUCUCUCUCUCUCUCUCGAUUAUACAUACAAAAUACAUACAGCCGUCUCACUCUUCAGCUCUCCUCCAUCCUCAAUCUCUCUCCGCCUCAGGGGUAAGUGUACGGGACAUGUCGACAGUGAAUCAUUUAUUACUUCUAUGUUAACUGAUAUUUAUUCUUACUUGUCGUCAAGCGUAAUUUUGAUUGCAGUUUGCAGUGUUCUUACAGUUGUGUGUCAUGUUCCAACAGCUCAGUAUGUGAAGUUACUGCACAAUGUUGAAUAUAGCAAGAGAAAGAAACAAUUUUAUCUUGUAGCUGGAAUUAGUACUCUCACAGCCUAUACAUUAUAGCAAAAAAAGUAAAAAUGUCAAACAAUCUUGUUUCUCAGCAACUUUCUAUGUCGAAUGCGGACAUGAGCCAGAUGGAGCCUACUUAUGUGAAAGUAGAUUCUUCAGUGAAUAUGCAAAUGGGUGUGAUGGGAUCUAUCCCAGAUGUGUAUGCAUCACAUCAGUUUGCGAUGUCAGAUCAGCAGAUGCAGUUGGUAGACCCUUUAUCCUACAUUUCUGGACCACAGAGCUACACGAUGUCUAAUACCCAUUUAGGAAACAUGGAGUCAAUGGUGGACAAUGUGGGUUUGCAUAAGUCUAAGCCAGACCAGAAAGAUGUACAAAUGGAUGCCAUGUUUACCAAUCCAGGUCCCCAGAAGUUGUUUCAGCCAAACAAGCGAAAGGCUGCAGUAGAACCGAUGUUUAAUAGCACUGUCCCAAGACAGUUAUCUAUGCCUAACAAGCGUGCAACACAUAUGGAUUCAUUAUCAACCUCACAUGAGCUGCCUAACCAUUCUGGUACAAAUAGGAAAGGUGGGACCCUGCAAUCUGUUUCAGCUGUAUCUGGGUCUCAAACACCUGCAUCAAACAGGAGAACAGUAAAGAAUGACUUAAACUCGAAUAAACCUGCUAGUCAGCGGGUACAGACCCCGAAGGGUCGUACUGCUCAGAUAGGAACACCGCGUCAGACAGAGUCAUUUGAAGCUGUCAGGUCCAAAAUGAGGGAAUCGUUAGCUUCUGCAUUGGCCUUGGUCAAUCAGAACCAGAGUUCUUCGCCUAAGCAAGAGAAGAGUCCUCUACACAAAGACGAUAACAACCCAGAGGUGAUAUCGCAGAAUGUCAAACUUUCUGAAUCUACUUCGGUCCCUGUUGAUGCUGCUGUUGCACAUGAAAACAUCAAGGAUGACAUACAAACAAAAGAUAUAAGCUUGGUUAAUAAUCCCAGUCAUCGCCUAAGCACAUUUGCUGAGAACUUGACUCAUGAAGGCAUUGAAAAUCUUCCAGACACCUGGAAAAACGACGUAUCAGAUUCCAUGUACAAUGCUGUUUUGCCUGAAGAAGAUGUUGCAUUUACAGACAGUUUCUUUGCCAAAGAUGAGCUUCUUCAGGGACAUGGGCUUUCCUGGGAAUGGGAAAUCGGUAUGGAGGUGGAAGCAAAGCAGCAAUUACAAUCUUCCAGACAGGUUAAUGUUCCGGGAGAUGAUGAUGAGCAAAAGGUCAAGCAUUCUGAUAAUUUGACAUUGAAAACUGAAGAAAAAGUGGCUCAGGCUGCCAAUCAAGCGGGUGCUGGAAGGGAUGAGAGUUUUUAUACUCUUCGGACUCCUGAAAAAUUGGCUUUUGAAAUUGAGGCAGAACUUUUCAAAUUAUUUGGGGGUGUGAAUAAGAAGUACAAAGAAAAGGGUAGAUCUCUCAUGUUCAAUUUGAAAGACAGGAACAAUCCAGAACUACGCGAGAAAGUUAUGUCCGGCGACAUUACUCCUGAAAAGUUGUGCUCCAUGACGGCAGAGGAACUUGCCUCUAAGGAGCUUUCUGAGUGGCGAACAGCAAAGGCUGAAGAGCUCGCACAAAUGAUAGUCUUGCCUGAAGAUGGUGAUAGAAGACGUUUGGUUAAAAAAACUCACAAGGGGGAAUACCAAGUGGAAGUGGAGCAGGAUGAUGAAAUUUCUGUUGAGGUAUCUGUCGGGGCAACUACUCUGGGACAGUUCCAAAGGAAUGAUAAGGAGAAACUACCUCCCUCCUCAUCAGAUAAGGAUGAACUUAAAGAUUCAAAAAAAGUCGAAAGUGAGAAGGGUAGUAUGGAAACUAUGGAUCCAUCAUAUAGUCUUACUAUUCCAGCUGACGGGACUGAUUUGAUGCAAGGGUUAAUAGAGGACGAAUUUAAAGAUGCAGAAUUUCUUCCUCCAAUUGUCUCAUUGGAUGAAUUUAUGGAAUCCCUCAACUCUGAGCCACCGUUUGACAAUUUGGCAGCAGACACUCAAACAAAAACUCCUUUGGAUAAGUUGUCAGCUGAAACUGGUGAGAAUUCGGAGUCUUCGAAAUUAGCUUCCAAAGAUGUUGAUAACAGGACAGGAAAGGCUACAGAUCUUGAUUCCAAAAUGACAAAGCAGGAUGCAGAAGAGAAGUCUGGCGACUAUGCAAAGGAGCAAAAACAAUUGAAUCCUGACAUGACAUCAAUGGCUGAACGUGUAUGGGAGGGUGCAUUACAGCUACAUAUUUCUGCCCUUAUUACAGUUAUUGGCCUGUAUAGAAGUGGUGAAAAAACGUCUACAAAGGAGUGGCCAAGUUCUCUUGAAAUAAAAGGAAGAGUUAGACUUGAUGCAUUUGAAAAAUUUCUCCAAGAGCUUCCCAUGUCUCGAAGUCGUGCAGUCAUGGUGAUACACUUUGUCUUGAAGGCAGAUUCGUCUGCAGAUGACCGAGCAAGUCUUCGUGAGGCUAUAGAUUCUUAUGUUCUGGAUGAGAGGCUAGGAUUUGCAGAACCUGCAUCAGGAAUGGAGCUUUAUCUCUGCCCACCACACCCAAAGAUACUCGAACUGCUUGGCAAACAUCUCUCCAAGGACCAGACCGAGCUAAUUAAUUCGACAGAUAAUGGUUUAAUUGGUGUAGUUGUAUGGCGUAAGGCUCAUUUAAGUUCUACAAUCUCACCUAACUCAACCUCACACCAUAAACAUAGCUCAAAAAAGCAACAAAACUUUCGGAGACAGGAAAAGAACAAUAAUGUUAAUGCUAAUAUGACCCCAAGAACUCCUGUACCUUCAACUCAAGCUCCCAUCAGAUCUGGAACUUUACCAUCCGGUAAUGAUGAUGAUGAUAUUCCACCUGGGUUUGGUCCGGGAAAUGCUCGGGAUGACGAUGAUUUGCCUGAAUUCAGCUUUUCUGGCAGUUCUAACCCAACUCAGUCUUCAAGGCUGUCCUCAAACCCAUCACGGCCCGUAGACCAAAUUAGAGAGCUUAUUCAGAAAUAUGGAAAACCUGCAGAAAGUCAGAGCACUAAGAAUUGGCAGGGUAAAAGAAGUGCUGGCCUUGCAGUGCAAGCAUGGGAUGAUGAUGAUGACGACGACAUUCCAGAGUGGCGCCCUGAUGCUCCCCUGACCCAUGUACAGACUCGUCCUCCUGCUCGUGGCUUUCACCAAGCAGUGCAGCCUCCCUUGGUUAAUCAAACUGCAACUACACAGCAUGUUCUGUCACCACAGGUGGCUAUGCCUCCGAUGACCAUGAUACAAAACAACCCCUCAUCUUGGCAGCAAGGUAAUGGGAGAUGGGUGGCACAGCCGCCAGGUUUUCAGCAGAGUAGUUUAGCAAGUCAGCCUAACAUAGGGCAGUUCCAAGGUGGGCCCGUGGCUCAGGCUGGGCAGCCACCGCCUGGUAACUGGAGGAGAGAUGCACCUAGAAGUAGGGGUUUUUGAUUAAUGUUUCAUGUAUAUCCUAGUAUAAAAUGUGGGUUUAGCAGCAGCAGAUUGUACACCUAAAUGUUUUACACUUUUUUCGUAGGUUUUUUUUAUCUUAAACUUAAUGGAUUCCCCUGCAACGUUUAAUUGAAACUUGAACUUCAGUAA